AGCGGAAGCGGAAAUAGCUACAGAACAGCUGGAGGUAGUAGUUGUCAGUCAGGUUGUUUUCGUCUCAUAUCUCCUGCUGCCACAAGAUGUUGAAAGCAGUUAUUUUAAUCGGAGGUCCUCAGAAAGGCACACGGUUCAGGCCGUUGUCUUUUGAGGUUCCCAAACCUUUGUUUCCAGUAGCCGGUGUGCCCAUGUUACAGCACCACAUUGAAGCUUGUGUGAAGGUACCAAAUAUGAAGGAGAUUUUACUCAUCGGCUUUUAUCAGCCAAAUGAAGAACUAACCAGAUUCCUGGUUAAUGCACAGCAAGAGUUUAAAAUUUCUAUCAGGUAUUUGCAGGAGUAUUCAUCGCUGGGCACUGGAGGAGGAAUCUAUCACUUCAGAGAUCAGAUUGUCUCUGGCAACCCAGAGGCUUUCUUUGUUAUGAAUGCAGACAUCUCGUCAGCAUUUCCUCUCACAGAGAUGCUCACCUUCCAGAAGGAACAUGGAGAACCAAAUAGCUUUGUCAUCCUUGGCACAACGGCAAACAGAAAGCAGUCCUUGAAUUAUGGCUGUAUUGUUGAAAACGAGCAAACUAAUGAGGUCCUGCAUUAUGUAGAAAAGCCAAGCACAUUCGUGAGUGACAUCAUCAACUGCGGUAUAUACCUCUUUAACCAAGACAUCUUCCAGCAUAUCGGUGCAGUCUUCCAGAAGAAUCAACAGGACAUGUUACUAUAUCCAUAUGAUGGAGAGGAGCCAACCAAUGGCUGGCACAGAGCAGAAGCCAUCAGACUGGAGCAGGACAUUUUCACUGCCCUGGCAGGACAGGGCAAGCUCUAUGUGUAUAAAACACUCAGCUUCUGGAGCCAGAUUAAAUCUGCAGGAUCUGCCAUUUAUGCCAGCCGACUGUACCUCGACCAGUAUCACACAACCCAUCCUGAAAGACUGGCUUCAAAUAAAGAAGGAAGUCCCAAAAUAAGUGGUAAUGUCUAUAUCCACCCCACAGCCAAUAUUGACCCCACUGCACUGUUGGGUCCAAACGUCUCCAUUGGCACAGGAGUAACUAUUGGUGCUGGGGUCAGAGUUCGAGAAUCCAUCAUCCUACAUGGUGCAAAUCUCCAGGACCACUGCUGUGUUUUGAACAGCAUCGUGGGAUGGGAUAGCACCAUUGGCAAGUGGGCAAGAGUGGAAGGAACCCCAAGUGACCCAAACCCCAAUGAUCCCUAUGCAAAGAUAGACAGCGAGACCCUCUUCAGAGAAGGAAAACUCACGCCCUCAAUUACUAUUCUUGGUUGUAACGUGACUAUUCCCUCCGAGGUGAUUAUACUCAACUCAAUUGUCCUCCCUCACAAAGACCUGAACCGCAGCUUCAAAAACCAAAUUAUUCUCUAGCUAAUCUUCCUCGCUUGCUCCCAUUUGCUCUCGCUAUCACCGAUGAAGGAUGCGGCUGAACGACCGCUAGCACUGCCUCUGAGUUACUGUAUAUAAGAUGUCAAAAAUAGAGAUAUGGGACGUUCAUGAAAUAGUUUUUGAAAGAUGGAUUUUUAUAUAUUUGUCCUCGGGCCUUAUGCAUCAUUGGGUGUCAGCAGAAUUAGAGAUCGGCUAAUUGUGCACGUUGGUUCACCUUGAAAAGUGCUGCCGUGCCAGAGGUUGAUAUUGUUUUUUAUAUUAACUUUGCCGAACUGUAAAAUUGCUGCAGACACUGUUUGGUUGGGUGUAAUAUAAUGCCUCUAGAAGGACAUCAUUGACAAACUUGAGACAGAAAUGACUAGAAAAUAAAUGAUUAUUUCUGUUGGAGGUGAUUAUUUAUGUGGAACUCUGAUUAAAACCUUUUAAGUAUCUUCAUUGUUAGUCUAAAAAAACCAACUAUCAAUCAUAAGUAGGCCCGAGAUUUAGAUUGCAAUCAACUAAUCAAGUAAUGUUGGCUUUUAAAAUGCUCUUAGCAGGGAGCCUCAGAACUGUAAGCAGCAACAGCACAUACUUAAUUUGUGCAUCUGCAAUCACUGGUGGAACUCUUCAAUUUAUGGAUCGAGCAAUUUAGCAUUUACAUAUUAAGCCGUAGACGUCUUAUGUUCGCUUCUGCAGUUUUGUUUCAAUUAUUGCUAAGAGUGUGUCUGUUUAGGAGUGCUGGAGAUUUUGAUACCGGAACUGCAGCUUAAUAUGAUUUUAAUCAAGGCGCCUCGCAAACUACUCUCAAGGUAUUUUAAUUAACGAUGAGUAUAUUUAGGGUUUCACAUGUAGCUGCUCGUCCUUUUAAAUAGAUGCAGGUGAUGACUUUAAAAACCGGCCUCAUGUCAGUCUAUUCGUUACUGUGCAGUGUUGCCAAAUGGAAAAUACAGAAUUAUCGUACAAAUAUCAUCAUACACACUGAAACAACUUGCAAAAGUGCCAGAAUACUACAUUUAAUAGCAAAAUGAUACUAUUACUACACAGAGCUUUCGCCAUUUGAAUAGAAAGCAACGGCUCAUUCCUUCACACAGUAAACGGUCUAUGCAUCACACAGUGACCACAUCCUAUCUUACCUUCAAAAUAAAAGCCAAAAGAUCAAGUAACUCAGAAAAAAAACAGCCUACAAGAUGAUUAUGAUGAUUCACAAAUGAUCGUACAUUUGGCCUUUUUAGAAAUUGCUGAUCGCACAUCGUACAACGUGUGAAAUUAUCGUACAAAUACGAUAGUUAUCGUACAUCUGGCAACACUGUUAUUGUGUUUCAUCACACCAUGAGGAUAAAAGGAGCUCAUACCUCCCAGCUGCUCACACGAAAAGGCGAUUCUAAUUCUAAUUUAUUUAAUCAAAAAUUAUUUUGCAAUCACAGUGGGGGUAAAGCUUGAGGAUUUAAAUACCAAUAGCAUUGACUGAAUUCUUAUCAACAACAUGCUUUUAAAAGCUUGUUCAGGGUUGUUUGGUAUUGUUAGUUUUUUUUUGUCUUUUUCAUUUGCCUCAUGAGCGGCAAACCAAGUCAGCGCUGGUCUUCGAAACAGGUCAGCAGAGGAAGCUCAAGAGUGGGGAUGUGGUUAUUAAAAGAAGUGAACACACGGGUCAGAGUGACAUAAGCCAUAAGGAGGGAAAGAUUGGAAAGGUGACAUGUUGACAGAAGUUGGAUUCAAUCCCCCCCCGUCCUGACUCAUGAAGAGCAUCUCAUCUUUGCGGAAUCAGAUUACGUGUCAGCUGCCAGGCAGUGUGUGUACCCAUCUUUUUGCUCCUUUGGUCUGUGAGCUUUUCUUUAUUUUUAUUUUUAUUUUGUUUUGUUUAAUUGAUUCCUUUUAUGAAGAAUGUUGUAAUUAUGACUUAUUUAUUAGAUUGAUCAUGUCGAGGAAAUGGGUUUCCAUGCUGUAUGUAUGUUAGGAUUUUGUCCACAUUCUGUAUAUUUGGCUGAUAGUGCAGAGUCUAUAUAAGUGUUGAGUGGAAAAAAAAUGAAUGUGUCUAAGGUAUGAGAAAUAUGGAGCGAGGUCUGCAUGUAGAAUAUGAAUCUACAUUGCUGUUGCGAUUAUGUGUUCUUAUAUUUCUUCAACAUUGUACUGAUAUGUCCUGCUAUGGAGGGUGUGACCCCGCCUAUCGGCCUCUGUCAACUGAGAUUGGCACAGUGCCCCCCGCGACCCUCAUGUGGAGAAUAAAGCGGUAGAAAAAGGAUGGA